AUGCUUCCUAUCACGACCUGCUUCGUUGCAGGGCUGCAAUAUCUGAUACAUCCACUAAAGCUUGGAACCAUUCAAGAAACCAUCAACCCCGAUGCUCUAAUCCCAAUCACGCUCCUGUCAACUGAGGAAAUCUUUGGCGACCUCGAGGGAAUUCUACAACUAUUCGAUUUAAUUGAUGAUGUAUUUGUUCCCGACUUUGGUUCCAUUCUUGUCGAAAAGAGUGGCGACAACAGUAGCCAGGUUCAUGUCGAUCGACAGAUCUAUCACAUGGACCAAAUCAAGGCUCUAGAUGGCUUUUCUGAGUUACCCUCUGGUCCAUACUUUCUCUACGGCCCAAACCUUUACCAAGCCUGGCGGCUGUAUGAUGAUGAAUUCGGAGCUUUCACCUCUGGUGUUAUUCCCGAUGAUCUGAACCAACCUGACGAAUUCCAACCUCUGACCACUUCAUCUGUUUAUGGAGACUCAGUUACAGUCCCUGUGCCAUCAAGACUUUACCACUCUCAACCUACUGCCAAGAAACCCCUGUCUGGUGUCCGUGUUUCUGUCAGCGACACGAUAUCGUUGAAAGGAACAUAUACAACCUUUUCCAGUCGGGCAUGGAAAUCGCUCUACGAAAACUCCUCGAGCUCUACAGCUAAAUAUGCACAGAGUCUAAUGGACCAAGGAGCUGUCAUUGUCGGAAAAACAAAGACAUCGCAUCUUGGUGCAGGGGCAGAAUGGGUUGAUCAACAGGCUCCUUGGAGUGCAAGAGGUGACGGAUAUCAAAGGAUGAAGGGUGGUUCAGUUGGUGCUGCUGCUGCCUCGGUUGGGUACCCAUGGAUUGACUACAGUAUUGGCGUUGACGCUACGGCAUCAAAGUUCGACAAAACGCGAAUUUUCAGUCGAAGUCUUAAAGGACUCCUCGAUUUCAGCGGAAAUGCAAAGGCUGGGGCUUCUAAAGUUUCCUCCACAAAGAUAAUCGUACCAGAAGACUUGCCAUCCCCGGAAAAGUCGCAGAAAACAGGCAUAGCGACUUUCGUGUCAAUUCUACAGGAUCUGUUGGACACCAAAGCCGAGUACGUCAAUGUAGGCAAGAGUUGGGAAGAAAGUCCUCCAUCUGAAUCGUCGAAUGAGGGAAUGCAAGCAUACAUGGAAAAGGCACCUUUCCGGUCAUGGUGUUAUGAUUAUUAUCAUUCUUUUGGCACCUUUCAAGAUGAGUACAAGCAAAAAUUUGACAAGAAGCCGUUUGUCGAGGCUACGCCGCGAUUCUUCUGGAACGAAUGCAAGUCAGUGACAGAGGAAGAGAACCGCCAAGAUACAGAACGUCUCGAAGUAUACCGAAAGUGGUUCCUUGAGAACAUUGUGAACGCUUCUACCCCCAAUGCCAAGGGAGACGCAGUCGUGAUCCUUCCAUGUGGAAAUUCUCAAGUUGAACAUCGGAACGAUGCUGUGGCUCCACCAACCAUUUACAAAGGCAUCGACUCUACAUCGCUGGCGCCAAUAUUGGGGGCUUCCUUAUUAUCGUUUCCAUUCACUCAGAUACCCUACGAGUCUGGCAUUUCUGGAGAGACAGAGUAUCACCCAGUCUGCAUCUCGAUUCUCAUCCACGGAAAUGAAAAAUCGACCAUUCAAUUGAUCAAAAAGGCUCUAGAGACAGGGCACAUUCCCACCAAAGUCAACGUCGGGCGGUUCACGUUCCCAGUCAACAAGUCGGAUCAUGUCAAUAAUCACCUGCAAGCUCCCUUGUCGGGUCAGAAUGUGUCGGACGAGCUGUAA